AUGGCCAGCCUUCACCCAUUUGACCCUAUUACCCCUGGGGAAAUCCAAUUGGCCGUUUCCGUCUUGGAGCCCGCCUUUCCCGGUGUCAAGCUGCGCUACAAGCGCAUUGAUCUUCAAGAGCCAGCCAAGCAUGAAGUGGUCCCAUAUCUCGAGGCGGAGCGUCUAGGAGAAGUGCGGCCUCGCAAGCCCGCUCGCUUGUUGAUGGUUCUCUUCCACCGUCUGGACAAUGGUUCUUUCUUCAAGGCCUUGAUCAAUGCUGACACCAAGUCUAUUGUGUCGGCCAAGGAGCUGCCCAAGGAUGUCCAGGGCCCCGUCGAUAUCGAUGAGAUGAUUGAAAUUGAGCAGUUGUGCCUUGGUCAUCCGGCUGUCAAGGCCGAGGUUGAGAAGUUGAAGCUUCCCGCUGGCCACACCGUGUGCUUGGAUCCCUGGAUCUAUGGCACUGAGGAUGUCAAAGAGACUCGCCGCUUGUUCCAGUGCUAUAUGUAUAUUGUGGCUACCGAUCAUCCCCAGAACAACCAGUACUCCGUACCAUGCCAGUUCUCCCCGGUCUUUGACGGGAUCACCCGCGAGCUUGUUCGCAUGGACUAUCUGCCUGGUGGCGCCAACGCCGAAACCAAUGAGACGCAGCCGUGGAAACCAGUGCCUACUGUUCAGUAUGCGCAUGAAUUGCUUGAUGAGCCCCUACGUACGGACCUCAAGCCUUAUAUUGUUCAGCAACCCGAGGGUGCGUCAUUCAAUGUCAUGGGCAAUGCUGUCUCAUGGCAGAAAUGGCGUUUCAGGGUGGGCUUUAACAAUCGGGAGGGUCUUGUGCUUCAUAAUGUGACCUACGAUGGUCGCAACACAUUCUACCGACUUUCCUUCUCUGAGAUGACAGUUCCUUAUGGCGACCCCCGCCCGCCUUACCACCGGAAACAAGCCUUUGAUGUCGGUGAUGUCGGCUUCGGUAUCACAGCUAAUCAGCUCACCCUUGGCUGCGACUGUCUCGGUCAUAUCAAGUACUUCGAUGGAUACCGCACAGACGCCCAGGGAGAGCCGAUCCAGCUUAAGAAUGUCAUUUGCAUGCACGAGCAAGACAAUGGCCUCCAACAUAAGCAUACAAACUAUCGUAGUGGCGCAGCCACAGUCGUCCGCAACCGUCAGCUUGUGGUCCAAAUGAUCUGCACAGUCGCUAACUACGAGUACAUUUUUGCAUUCAUCCUCGACCAAGCCGCCAACAUCGAACUCGAAGUACGAGCAACUGGUAUUCUAUCCACGGUUCCCUUCGACAACCAAAACGGUGAGACAGUCCCAUGGGGUACGAACGUCGGACCAGGCGUCAUGGCCCCCUUCCACCAGCACAUGUUCUCCCUCCGCAUUGACCCAGCACUCGACGGCUUCAAAAACACAGUCUACUACGAGGACAGCGUACCAAUGCCCGAGGAUGACACCAACCCAUAUCUCGUCGGCUACACAACCGAAAAGAACGUUAUCAAGUCCAGCGGCAGCGCCUCUACCAGCGUUGAGCGCCACCGCGUCUUCAAGAUCCGGAACGACCAUAUCAUCAACCCUAUCACACACCACCCAAUCGCCUAUAAGCUGCAAACCUCCCCGAGCCAGAUGCUUCUCGCACACCCGAACUCAUUCGGCUCGAAGCGCGCUCGCUUUGCUACCCGCCCAAUCUGGGUGACUAAAUACCAAGAUGAUGAGCUCUUCGCUGCUGGAGAGUUUACAAACCAGAGCAAGCAGUCCGAUGGUGUGGAAGUAUGGGCUGGUCGAAAUGAUACCGUUGAGGAUGAAGACCUCGUUCUCUGGCAUACUUUCGGUCUCACUCAUAACCCCCGUAUUGAGGACUUCCCCGUUAUGCCAAUGGAACGGGUUAGUGUCAUGCUUAAGCCUGAUGGUUUCUUCACUAAGAACCCUGCGCUCGAUGUGCCGGCUUCUAGUCAGUCUUUUAAUCAGUCGACUCUGCACCCGGAGCCGACUUGCUGUGCGACUCCUGCAAAGCCCAAGAUGUAA